AUGGUCUCCUUCAAAGAAGCCUUUGGCCUGUCCUCGCUUGAAGUCGAGGUUGCGACGCCUCCUGGCACAGUCCAGAUUCACAGGGAGCAGGAAGAUGCAGGCCAUGUGGUUGUUAGCGGCCAUAUGACGGAUGAUCCUCGAGAUCCCCUCAAUUUACCGACAUGGCAUAAAAUCGCUGCUCUGUGCGUUGCCUCGCUGUAUGGCUUCGUCGCGAAUUACACAAGCGGUGUCAUCGCGCCUGCUUUUAACCUAUGGCCCAUGUUCUUUCCGAAGGAUCCGAGAACGAUCUCUGAACUCACCAAGUUGAUUGCUGUCAACAUUCUCUUCAUCGGCGCGGCUAAUAUCUGGUGGGUUCCCUUGUCCAACUGGAUGGGCCGACGACCUGUCCUCAUCAUCGCCACGGCAAUUCUCACGUUUUGCACUCUUUGGUGUGCGCUUGCAACGUCGUAUGAGUCCCUCCUUGUUGCUCGCAUCUUCCAGGGUAUUGGAGGUGCGGCUGCAGACACUGUUGCCCCCGCUCUUAUUGGAGAUAUGUUCCCUAUCCAUCAGCGUGGACGAGCCAUGGCCGUCUACACCAUCAUGCUCGUCGUCGGGCCUCUCACAGGUGGCAUCACAGGAGGAUACAUCGUCUACCAACAGGGCUGGAAGCCCAUCUUCUGGGUCUGUCUCGCCCUCUCCGCGACUUGCCUCGUCGGCGCCAUCUUCUUCGUCCCCGAGACCCUGUAUAUACGAAGCGCACCCGUCGAAGGCGUCACGGACCCCGAGACCGAGAAGAAUGCCCAGUUUGGCAAGAACGAGCACGUCGAGGAUAAGCAGUCCGUCACCGGGGGUGAACAGCACAUCACGUACUCGGCCUACGGCUACGUCCAGUCUUUGGGCUUCAGCAAGCCUCGGGGAAGUCUGCUGAAGCAGUUCAUCCAGCCCUGGAAGACUCUCGCUUUCCCUGGUACUUGGGUGGUGAUGCUUCACUAUGCUGGGCUUGUUGGUGGUAUCGUCACUAUUUCGACCAUUGGACCUCAGAUUAUGGCGAGCCCGCCUUAUCUUUGGAAGGCUAAUGCUGGCCUGAUCAACAUUGGUGCUGUCAUUGGCGGCGUGAUCGGUUAUGUGUACACGCACAUGCUUGCUGAUGGCAGACUUGUAAAGAAGGCCAGCAAGACACGAAACGGUGUGGCCGAGUCUGAAGACCGAUUGCCAACUCUCUUCUUCCCUCUAUUUAUCGCAACUUGUGGCUUUUUGGUGUUUGGAUUCUGCGCCAAGAACCCUGGAGGACAUACCUGGGUUGGACUCCAAGUUGGCUAUGGCAUGGUCAGUUUUGGUCUGAUGCAGGUUCCAUCUGUUGGCUUCAACUACUUGAUCGACUCUUAUCACUCCCUGGCAGCAGAUUGCUUCACCAUGGUCACGAUCCUGCGUUCUAUUAUCGCAUUUGCUUGGACGUUCUUUGUAGCUGACUGGGUUCAAAAGAGCGGAGCUGCAGAGCCCUUUGGAAUCUUUGGAAUGCUGAUGGGUAUCUUUUCUCUGAUGACUGUUCCUCUUUGGAUGUAUGGAAAGCGUAUGAGGAUUGCUACGGCAGAACAGGUUCUUCGAUGGCAGGGCUACUAG